AUGGACUACGACUCCCAGAUAGCAUUGCUGUCAACUCAGCCCCCGGUGGCGAGGAGGAGGACCUCCUGUGUAGAGGACGAGUGGACCUCUGGGCUCUGUGAAUGCUGCCUGGAGACCAGCGACUGCUGCUAUGGCUUCUGGUGCUGUCCCUGCUUCGCCUGCUCCACCACCAGGCUGCUGGGUCACAGUCUCUGUCUCCCCCUGCCGGACGUCUGCGGCUGCGUCAUCAGACCAAUCACCACCGCCAUGAGGGUGCACGUGCGCCAGCGGCGGCGCUACGGCAUCCGAGGUACUCUGUGUACAGACUGCUUGGCCUCGUCCUUCUGUCCGUCCUGUGUCUGGUGUCAGAUGUCCAGGGAGAUGAAGUACAGGACACUCCCCACCACGCUGGGUGACAUCGUACGCAGGGACGAUGACAUCAUCCACCACUGAUGACCUCAUCGCUGUGAACCAUACAUGUCCUCUCAUUGGUUAAUACUGACAUCAGUGAUAAGUGAGGCCUGUCACUAAAUGUGUAUCUAU